AAUAAACGAAAUACCUUCGCACAACCGCAUUCGAAGAUUCUCAAGAUAAUCGAAGUUUUAUAGGGUCGCCAUAUUGACACUUCGCCAAUGUGGGUAUUUGUCGUUUAAUUUUUCGCUAGAUGUGCAAGUCGGGUCGCAGGCUCCGUUCGUUUUAUCUGUUUGGUGCCUGUUAACGAUGAACCGUUGAAUAAUGAAUAAUUUCAGUGUCCGCUAACGUCCUACCAGUGUUCGUUCAUUUCCUAUAGCUCUAGGAAACGGACUGUGUGCGCUAAAAGAGUGGGAGCCAUUGCGAGUCAAAAAAAAGAUUGCUACACAUUACUUCUCUAUUUUAUUGUUCGUUGGCGACGAGUGCUAGUGAAACACGCAAUAGAUCUGUGGCCAAAACGAACAAACUACACCGUCUGUACUAUGAAAAGUAGCUAAAGAAGGAAUACAGUGCUCCCGUCGCUUGUGUUUUGUCUGUAAAAACAUUUAACUGUGCGUUACACACGUUACAGCAGCGUUUCUAGUGGAGCCCACCAAUCAAUCUGUUCGCACAGCCUCGCCAGUCGAAUCACUACAUCCUAAUAGACACACACACCAAGGGUAGAUCGGCUUAUAUAGGGACUGCAUCCUUAGUACACCAUUACCCGCCAGCAAUCAAAUCCCCGCAUCAAUCCAAAACAAUCAAGGUUGCAUCGAGGUUUAUAGAAGGGCUGCAAUUCUAUUGCUCGGUUGCGCUGUUUUUUUCUUUACCCUGUAAGGAAGACGGUCCAAGAUCACUAAUCCGGCCGUACUACUACUUUCCCACCUCUAUUUUCCUCUACACGGGUAGAGAGCGUGAACCAGGCAAACGGAAAAAAACAUAGAAUUUGACAAACAAAAUGAAUGAUUUCAUCGUAGCCGGCAAGUAUCGGAUCAUCCGCAAGAUCGGAUCGGGCUCGUUCGGUGAUAUCUACCUCGGCAUAAACAUCACGAAUGGCGAGGAGGUAGCGCUAAAGGUGGAGAGCAUACUCGCCCGCCAUCCGCAGCUCACAUACGAGUACAAACUGUACAAAGUGCUCACAGGUGGCGUUGGCAUACCGCACAUUCGCUACUUCGGCCAGGAACGCAGCUACCAUGUGCUGGUGAUGGAUCUGCUCGGUCCGUCGCUGGAGGAUUUGUUCAACUUCUGCAGCCGGCACUUCACAAUCAAGACCGUGCUGAUGCUGGUCGAUCAGAUGAUCGGACGGCUCGAGUACCUGCAUAUGAAAAAUUUCAUCCACCGUGACAUCAAGCCGGACAACUUCCUGAUGGGUAUUGGCCGGCACUGCAACAAGCUGUUCCUGAUCGACUUUGGGCUGGCAAAGAAAUAUCGGGAUUUCCGCUCGCGCAUUCACAUCACGUACCGGGAGGAUAAGAACCUGACCGGUACCGCACGUUACGCGUCGAUCAAUGCGCAUCUCGGUAUCGAGCAGAGCCGCCGCGACGAUAUGGAAUCGCUCGGGUAUGUGAUGAUGUACUUCAACCGGGGCUCGUUGCCCUGGCAAGGGUUAAAGGCAACCAACAAGAAGCAGAAAUAUGAGAAGAUCUCGGAGAAAAAGAUGUCCACCCCGAUUGAGGUACUGUGCAAAGGUUUUCCGGCGGAGUUUGCAAUGUAUUUGAACUACUGUCGCAGUUUGCGCUUUGAGGAAGGUCCUGACUAUAUGUAUCUGCGGCAGCUCUUCAGAAUUCUAUUCCGUACCCUUAACCAUCAGUACGACUACACGUUUGACUGGACAAUAAUGAAGCAGCGGGCAAUGCAGCAAGGCAGCACCAACCCGCCUGCGGUGACAUCCGGUGAAAACAAAAGGGAGGAGCGGCGUGAUAAAGAUAAGCUGUCCAGCGAUACGGAUGAAUAGGAAUUUUGAAUGAAAUGGAAGAAAAAAAACAAAACGCGAGGGGGAACGAGCGGGGGGCUAAAGCAUCAUCGUUGCGGCUUUCGCGCAACAUGUAUAGGGUGAGGAAGAUGCGAUUUUGUUUCUGUAAACGUGUAAAAGACGUAACCGGCAUACAUGGAUACGAGAUGUGGUUCAGUCGCGUGUGUGGAUAGAAGAUCGCGCAUUAGUAUCGUGAAGAUGAAAGGAGAAGAGAGAGAAGAAAAAAAACAGUUAGUUUAUACGGAGCAAACUCGUUAGGUAAGGUGUCACAACUAGUGUUUAGAGAGUUAAAUUACUUCCCAAACUAGGUACGUAACAACCCAUUUGAUGAAAUUGUAGGGUGAUAUGAACUGAGGAAGGGAAAACAAAAUAUUGCAAACAAAAGAAGAGAGAAAAAAAGAAACUCCCCCCCCCCCCCCCACACAUGAACACACAUGAGGAGCAGCAAACACGGGGAAGAGGCGGAAUAAGGGCAUCCCCCAACAAAAAAAAGGGGGCGACACAAGGUUCAUGUGUGCUGCAGUUGUGCUGCUGGUUAGCGAACACGCUAACCGAUUCCGGAACAAUGUCCUGUGGGUUAUUAGUUGGACCAUAUCGUUUGGUGAAGCAACCGAAAAAAGGAAAGCAUAUUUACACACGCAAACUUCCGUAAUUUUGACAAGAACGAACUAGUUUUGCAUAUUAACUUUAAAAAUAUUUCAAAAUCCGUUUCACUAGCCCGUUAGUCCUUCCGCGGCAGUAUGGUUGUUUUUUUUACGCUAUAUUUUUGAUUCUUUUUGUAUUGUGUACAUUCUCAAAGUCUGAUCGACCAUGGGAGUCGAUCGGUUUCUUUUUUUUUCACUUCAUUUUUGAUUGUGUUUUUUUUUUUGGUUGGCAUAUAUAUCCCUGAAUCACGCGGGCAACCUUAAAAUUAAAAGUAAUGAAUUUUUCAUAAAUUAAAAAAAAAAGAUAAUUUUUUACAUACACCAUGAAACUACAAGAAAAGAAAUUGUGAAAAAUCGUGAAACCAAGCAUAGCUGGGGAUUAACUGUAUUGUGGGUUUUUGUUUUGUAACAUCAGCAUUUAGAUAUGUAAAAGGGGCUAGGAAAAAGGAAUGCUGCUUUACUUUGCGUAUGCCCAAGAUUGGAUUGUUACUGUUGCUUUUAUUAUGGUUUAGCAUCGGUUUUUUUUUUGUUUCGGGGCAUGUUGGGCACCCGUGUAUUAACCGAUCCCAGCGCGCAUCAAACCAGAAAAAUGGGGUUUGUUUUUUUGAGAGGUUUGGUAAGAUUAUGCGAACCCAGCACCAAACGCAUAAUCUGUUAGUGAUCUCGAUUACCCUCCAAAUCGAUCCCUUCUGGUUUGUUUCCUCACAACAAAGUGUAAAGGAAAAGUCAAAGGUUCAAAGUAUUUCUCCCAUCACGCACGCUAAUUGCACCAGUAUUCACCCGUGUCUUUAUAGUUGGAAAUAAUACAAAAACGAAACACAAUUUCAACAAUUGGCAAAUUUUUGGUACGCAGAGACGCGCAAUUUAAAGCUGAGAUUGAGAUUGUGAGAUUGUGAAAAUGAAAAAAGAAACCCCCCCCCCCCCCCCCCCAACACCCGCUAAACCACGCGAGCAAUGAGCAACAAUGAACCCUGAGUCCAUGCCAUCUUCCUCUUCCUUCGGGGACCUUAAAGUAAUGAGCGACCGUCAUGAGAGCCAGCAGUAAAGGUUAAGGAGAUAUGAGAAAAAAGGGUCACAGCAAAAAAAAAGCAAAAAGAAGAAAAAAAACAAGGAAAGGCACAUUAAAACACAGCACAUAGCAGAACUACCAUUGACCUAGCCGAGUGUGUUAGAAGAAUGUCCUAGGCAAUCAUGAUUCGAUAUAUGACAAGCAAAGAAUAGAACGUAUAUACCCCCCAAGCAAAGAAGCUAGUUAGAAAACCCGUACCGCGAGACACAUGGGACCCUCAGCGAAAACGGAAGUUUUUCGUGAGUUUUCUGAUGUGUUUCAGAAGUUUCCAUUGCGCAUUGUGGAAAGACCGAAUGUUUUUUUUUUCGUUUGGAAAGGAUAAAGAAGAGAAGGAUUGAAGGUGGACGCUGACGUAUUUUUUUUUUUCAAACUAAUUAUUAUUCUUUGUAAUUAUAUAUUUUACAAAACCCCCCGGUAAAGAAGAAAGAGAGUAAACGAAAAAAAACAAAACAAAAAUAUUACGAAACUUUGCUCCGCACACACCAUAUGCGGAGGAAAAGUGGAACCAAUAAUAUAUGUGGAACCCUUUCUCAUUUCGACGUUACGGUUUUUUUUUGGCGCCGGAAGAGAGCAGUAAAACAAAACACUCAAAAUGCUAAGCGCGAGAUAUGUGGAGCACUUACAGUAAGAACGUUUUUUUGUGCGCGGUUGUGCUUAAAAACCAGAAUAGAAGACGAGACGAGAUUGAAUAGCCAAUUAACACCCCCCCCGACCGCAUAGAGAGGGCAUCGCGAAUGUGUGUGGAGUUGCACGGAACAAAAAUGUGUAGAUGCAAAGGAACGAAUGUCAUCGGUUUCACAUCCGAUCCGGUUUGCCGUGUUGUGCCGUGCCGGCGGGGCGCACACCGCACAACCCUGCUUAAUUAGCCUAAUGUAGGCAGUGCCCCCCCAUUUACAUAGUUUGCGAAAAACUAAACGCACCACGUGCGUUAUCCCUCUCUUUCUUCGACCCUUAUAUGUUGUCCCCUCACCCUCUUCCUAUAUGUUUUCCACUCUUCCACUCUUUUGGUCAUGCCAGAACGGCCUGGGGGCCGCUAUCUGUGGCCGGUCGGGUCGAAUCCGUGAUUAACAAAAAAAAAAAAAUUAGACCGACCUACCGCAAACUAUUUCACUUCCCAUUACCAUGUUCUUUUGUCAUUCUACAUUUUAUAUAUCUUACCGAGAUUAUCACGUGGCAAAAUCGAUCAAAGAUGCGAAUUACGAAACUGAGUGACUAAAGUGCUUAGAUCAAUAAAGCUUACAGGAAGUAAUGGAAAUAAAACAGUACUUUGAAUUUGAAACUGUUUUUUUUUUCUCUUUUUGUUUUGUUCAACCACCUACAACACAAUAAAGGAAACACUUGUUUUCUAAUUUUUAGUUGUUGAAAAUUUUCGUAUCAGUUUUGCCAAACAUUAAAUUUGUAAAUUUAAAUUAAAAAAAAACAGGCAACAAACUAAACACAAAAUCAUCCAUACACAUACCUAAGGUUAUAUACUUAGAUUUAUGCAAAAAACCCGAUAGCCAGGAACCAAUAAAACGAGGUCGACACGCGAUUCUGCAUGUACACAUGUUGUCGCGAAACAAAAAAAAACAACAAAUAAAUUCAAUUCAAUUAUGCAUGACGGAUUUAUAUAAAAUAUAAAGAUUACAAAAAAAAACCAAAA